AUGAGACUUUUUCCUCUCGCUUUUCUAGUCAAUAAAAGAAACUUUAGCAAAUACAAUUUUUUCAUAUCCACUAGAAAAGGAGGAGAGGCCUUGCUAAAAAAUGAUAUAAAAUAUUUAUAUGCAAAGGAGUUAAUGAAAUAUGAAAAGGAACAGAGAGAGUAUAAGAGCCCAGAUAAACAGAAAAAAAAAGUAAAUCAUUUAAUAAAGCUUAGUAAAGUAAAUGGUGGGAUACAACUAAAAUGUUCAACGUCGUUAAUUUAUUUAUUAACACUCAAAUGUAAAUACAUUGAAUGUAUUUGGUUAAAUGUAGCAAAAAAUAAGCCAUGUGCUUCUGUACCAUGUUUAGAGAGCAUUAUUAUGAAUAUAGAAUGGACAAAAUAUAUGAAUCCUUACGAUUUAAUGGGAAUUCCAUUAAAAAUUAUUUCUAUUAAAUCAAAACUAUUUGAUAUCUCACUUAUUAGAAGUACUAUAUAUAAGUGUUUAUACAGCAUAAUUGGUAGUACUUAUAAUGAAAAUGAAAAGAAAAAUUUAUUUUAUGGCACGCUGUCAUUACAGGAAGGUAAACAGAACAUUCCCAAAGCGUCUAUGAGCAAUACGCUCAUUGAUGAGAAUGUUACCAUGUCAACAUAUGAAAGAGAAAGAGAAAAAAAUGAAAUCAACAAUGAUAAUUUUUGGAAUAUAUUGUGUGUUCAUAUUGAAGAGAACAUAUGCAAUGUUGAUGUAAAAUUUACUGGUAAGUUAUCGCCUCGUUUUUACGAAUAUAAUUAUAUGAGAGAUUUAAGUAAUAUAAAAAAUUUGGACAGAUGUGAAAAUAUUAAUUUCUUUUCUCUUUUUAAGAAUAAUUAUAAUAUAAUGGAUGAAAAAAUAAAAAAUAUUGUAAGUGAAAAUGUACCGACAUGGUCAAUAUGUGAAGAAAAAAAAAAAAUACAAGUAGAUCAAGAAAAUGCUAAAAUGAAAGGAAAACAUAAAUUUUAUAAAUACAAUUAUUUCGAUGGUAGAUUAGGAAUAAAACAUACUAACACUUCGUUUAGUGAUAAUAAGGAAUUGUACCCCCCCAAAAAGUGGACUAGCAAAUUUGAUCCACACGACACAACAAAUAUGAAGGGAUCAGCAGAUCUUCUUGUGGCUCGUACGAAUGAAGGAAUACGACAGUAUGCAGAAAAAAUAGUCGGUGGAAAGAAUGCCUGUGGUAGAAUCCCCCUAGUUAAUUUCCCAUUUCAGGGUGAAAAGGCAUGCUUAGAACACAACUCGGCAUGUAGUGAGAGUCAAGGAAAAGGGGAAAAAUUGGACAGGGCUGAUAAGGAUGGCAAAGUAGACAGAAGAGAAAAAGCAUGCAUAUCACACAAAGAGGUUAAUAGCUCCGGCCAGAAUUCUUCACCCAAAGGGAGAGAUGAAUUAGUAAGCGGCAGGGGCAGUAGUAAUGGAAGUGGCUAUAGUCGUGGUAGUAGUAGUCGCAGUGGAAGUGUCAACGGGAGGGUUGACUGCGCGGGGGAGGAUAAAAGGGGAAGCUGGAAGAGUCAUAUCGUUAAGUAUUUAAACGAUAUGGAAAUAAAAAGGAUGCACCAUUACAAUAAUAAUUUUUUUUUAAGUGAUGACUGUUACGAUUCAGCUAGUUGUGUAUAUGCACUAAUCAUUCAGAAAUGUUUAAAAAAUAUAAAAAACAUUAAAGUAAUAUGGGAUCCAUUUUGUAGUAAUGGUAAUUUAAUAUUUGAAUUAAUUUUUUAUUUUCUAAAAAUGCCUUUGUGUCAUCACAAUGAAAUUUUACCUUUUAUGAAUUUGAAGAUAUAUGACCAAGAAGAAUUUUUGAAAAUUUAUGAUUACACUUUGAAAGUAAUGAAUUGUCAACAUAUUAAGCAUUUGCAAUUAAUUGGAUCAGACAGUAGAAGUAUCAUGGUUACUCAAUGUAAGAAAAACAUUGUCCGGUUUUCUCUGUACUAUAAGGAUAUCUUAAAGAGGGUGAUACGGGAAAAGGACGGCAAUGAGGGGCCAGCUGGGAGAAAAGGAACUGUAGAAACAGGUGCAGAGGUAGGCACAGAGGAAAACAUAAACAAAGCGGAGGGAAAACCUGCUGCGCAUCCUACAAAUGUAAAGAGAAAUUCUUUUCUAAAGAAUGUUUUAAAAAGCGAUAUGCAGGAAGAAUGUGAAGUCUCCAAUGAAGUAGAGAGUGAUGAUGAUUGCAAUUUUUUUGAUGAAUCAUCAGGUGAUAACUUUGUGAAAGAUAUUGAUGUUUUAUAUGCCCAAGAAAAAGAGAAGAAAAAGAGAAGAAAAAUGACAGAAGUCCAAAGGGGGAAAAGUCCAACAGAAGGAAGUGAUAUCUACCAAAUAGGGGUAAGGGGUAGUAACCCAAGAGAGGGUAGUAACCCAAGAGGGGUAGUAACCCAAGAGAGGGUAGUAACCCAAGAGAGGGUAGUAACCCAAGAGAGGGAAGUAACCCAAGAGGGGGUAGUAACCCAAGAGGGGGUAGUAACCCAAGAGGGGGUUGUAACCCAAGAGGGGGUAGUAACCCAAGAGGGGGAAGUAAUCGAAGAGAGGGAAGUAACUGAAGGGGGAGAAGUAACUGAAGGGGGAGAAGUAACUGAAGGGGGAGAAGCAACAGAAGGGGGUGAAGUAACAGAUGAGGAUGUAGCAACCGAAUGGGAUGAAGAAACCGAAGCAGACGAAACAACCGAAGGGGAUGAAGAAACCGAAGCGGACGAAACUACCGAAGGGGAAGUAUCAAACAUAAUAGCACCUACCAUUGAUACAUUGUCCAUAUGUACUGAAGAAGACACAGAGUAUAAUUUGAAUUUUCCUUUUGGCAUUUCUUUUCAUAAAACUCAUUUUUUCAAUAUUGCGCCAUUUGUAAAAAACGCUAUCAUAAUUACGAAAAUUCCUCACUUCAGCUUUGCAAAGGAACUGGGUGUUAGCAAAAAAACCUUCAUCCUGUAUGAACAAUUUGAGCACAUGUUAUGCUCCAAAAAUGACUGGAAGGGAGUCUACGUCUUGGUCAGAAACAAAGUUUUCUUAAAUAAGUCAAGGCUAGAAUGGAGCAAAGUAAUAACUAUAAAAGAUUCGAAAGGGAGAUAUCUAACCUUACUUAGUUGGACCGGUCGGAAAAAAUGUUUGUAUUCUUUGGCUGCUCAAGAUGAUAAGUUGAGGGAACUGGAGAAGUUCAGUGAAAAGCUGCAGUUUGAUUCGUAG